UCGAAAUCAGCUGUUUUGAUGCCAAACAGAAAAGGCAGAAUUCCAGCAGGCUGACACAGGCGAUUCUGCUCUUUUAUUUUUCGUAGUGUGCUCUAUCCAGAAACAUUAUAAUGACUAUGACGGCGUGUUUAAUCUCCAGAACAGGAGAAUUUAUAUAAUGUAUAGUAGUUGAGAAAUGAAUCUCCAAUCAAUGUUUCGCGACUUUAAUCCUGGGAAAUUUAUUGUGUGGGUGUGUUUGGCAACAUUCACUGCCCUACUCUCUCUUCGUCUUGAUGAUGAACUGGACUGGAGUUACUGGAUUGUCUUCUCACCAAUUUGGGUGUGGAAGAUCCUUGUUGUGACAGGAGCCCUUAUUGGGAACAUAGUCUGGUGGAAGAAUCCUCAUUAUAGAUUAGAAGGCCAGUCAUACAUCCAGUACCGGGCCUUACUCAUCUCCCUUGGCCUUCAUCUCUUCUUGUUGAUGUUUGAGGUCUUGGUGGCUGACAAAUUAGAAAAUAAGCGUCAUGCCUGGGUGUCUGUCUUUGCUCCUCUUAUUUUGAUAUCUCUUGUGUCCAUUGCUGCUUGUAUCUGGGCAGUAAAACAUGACAGGUCUUUUGAGCUCGAGCUCUUCUGUUCAGUGAAUCUACUGCAGUUCAUCUUUAUUGCUCUCCGACUUGACGAAUAUAUAAGAUGGCCUUGGGAGUCUUACUUAAGUCAUCCUGUAAGACAGUGUAAAAGCAAGGAUAGGUGGUUUGGCCUGCGAAAAGAUGUGUGCCAGUUUUUGCUUGGAGUUUGCCCUCUCCUUCAAGAGUAUGCAAACAUAUCCUACAGUAUUCCUCAUGCAGAAGAGUCUCAGACGGAUAACCGUAGCCCUCUCUCAGUAGAAGGAGGUGUUGUUACCUCAGAAAAGAAAGAUGUUGUAGCUUCAUCUCGUAGACUAGAACACAGAGUAGUAGUGCCAGCUAUAAGUUUGGAAGUUCCUGACUAAGUGAAAACAGACAGUAGUGAUUAAUGAGAUUAACAUAGAUGAUACAACUUGCUUUACAAAUAGACGGGCAUUCAUCUUUCCUUAAAGGAUUUAGCUAUUCAGAAUAAAAGAAUAUAUUUAUUACAAUUUGAUAUCUUUCAAAUCAAAUUAUUUUUAUUGGGUUGAGUACAGCAAGAGUCUUGCUGAUAAAAUUUCUGAGAGGAUAAAAUUCCUAUUUGAUACUAUAAAAUAUGCACAGAGAAAUUCUUGGAUGUCCUUUGAUCUGUUUACCUUGUUUUAGAAAUUUCAUGCCUUUCUUUUCCUGAUCUUAAUACCAGCAAAAGAUAUUUGUUAAUGUAGUCAAGUAAUAUCAGAGGCUGUCUUAGAAACUAGGUAUGAAUUUCCAAUAUGGUGCAUUUUUUUCAUAUAAUAUGUAGACUUAGUCAUUAUACAUCAUACAUCAACUUUUUUGACAAAUGCAUUUUCAGUAAUAUAAAUAUGUGUAUAAAAGGUAAGAAUGAAAUUAAUAUUUUCACAAUACAGGAGGUGUAUUUGAUUGUUUCAAUUAUAUCUUCGUCAGAAAUACAUGAUAUAAUCAAAACCUGUCAAAUACAUCUCUUGUAUUGUGAUGAUAUUCCUUCUCAUUCAUUCGUUUUAUACAUUUGUCAAUAUGAAUAUGGUUGAAUAGAAAUAUAUACAAAUUAUGGAGGAACAUGACUUCUACAUUACCCACUGGCACAACUAUACCUGUUGUCCUAAGUAGUUUUGUUAACUUUUUACAACAAAGAAUAUUUUGGGUGAUGUAGAGUAGCACCAGAGUAUUUAUUUCCUUACAAACAGCAUUUGCUACUUAGUGUUCACUUGUAUCCAGCCCUGUUGAAAAAAGGGUAAGUAUUUUCAAUUUCACUUUUCUGUAAGGGUCAUUCAUAUUUAUCAUUUUUUUAGAAGCAGAAAUGUUGAUACCCAAAGAACAUUUUGAGUAUGAAGUAAUACUUUUAGAGAUUUUCAAAAGCAUAAAUGGGUAAUUAACCCUCAGCAUACUUUUUGUGUUCAUUGUAUGCCAGCAACUGUGGAUGGCUGCUUAAUACCAUUGUGAUGAAACAUUUUUAGAUAUUUUUUUACUUUCUCAUGCCCCAGAGGUAAUUACAGACUGAUCUGUGAAGUUAAGAUGUAGACUCAUAUGGUAUUCCAAUUCAUUUGUUUCUUCUUGAAGAAAAUAUUUGUGUGUAUGAUGCCACAGGAGAUCCUUAAUAGUAAGGAGUAAUAAUGUUUUCAUCAUAAAUACAGUAGAAGUCAAAAUGUAGAAUUGCAGUGAUUCACUUAACCCAUUCACACCGGGUGUCACGUAUAUGUGACGGGCCCACUUUGAGUUUACUUGUUUAAUUGUUUUUACACAUAGAUGGCUGCACUUGUACUUGUACUGCCUGUCUCGCCUAUUUACUCUUUUCUUUAAUUUACGAAAAUAUUAUACGUUAUCUUAUUUUGCUGUUACUAACAUUAUAGUAAUUAUAAUGUUUAUAAUAAAAAUAACCAUCGAUAUUCAUUGUACUAGUAAAAAUACAUUUUCCCGCCAAAUGAAAUCAGGUAAGGCAGAGCCAUCUAGUGUAGAGAAAUUUCACAAAAAGUAUAAAAAAUGAGCACAGCAUUUUCCCCCAUUUUUUGUUCAUUUUUACCCGGCGCGAAUGGGUUAACAAUGUUCCUGGUUUUAUUAUAUAUUCAGUAAUUUAACCUGUGACAUCAUGAUUCCAGCUCAAUAUACAAAAGAAAACAAUAGCUACAGUACUAUAUAUUUAAAAAAUAAAAUAAUGGGAAGAAUUUUUUAUCGAUCAGUAUGGACAAUAUUCAAGUUAAAUAACAUUUAUAUUUUUGGUGCUUUAAUUUUAUAUAUCAUUAUUUCCAUAUAAAUAUAUAUGACAAUUACAGAGCUUUAAAUGUUAGAUGGUAUAUGUAACUUUAAGAUGAAAGGGAAAUAGGUGCCUACUGAUUUUGAACCACGUAGAAUUAGGAAUGUAUUUUGUACAAUAUUUAGAUAACAUUAGUAGAGACAUGUAGGCAUUUUCUAAUUAUUCAGAAGAAAAGUAUAAGAAAGCAAGAUUCUCUGGAAUUGCAGUUCAAGGGAUAAAGUGGAAAUUUCUGUUUGUUUUAUGUGCUAGGACUGCUUAUUUUGACAUAUUGACAUUCUGUUAUUUAUAAAUACUAUGUUUUAUAUAGUUAGACUGAUAAAGCUAGUGUGAAACCAUCAGUUGCCAUCUCAAACUUCAUACCCAUGAUAACCCAAAAAUAAUCACACAUUAGAUCUAGUUACCAAUAUAUUAUUUUAAUUGAAUUAUGAUUACUUUAAAUAAUAUUUUUUUCUUUUUUUCAUAUCUGUCUGUAGGAUAUUAGUAUUUAAUGCAUGUAGAAUACAAAAAGUGCAUGAAUGUCCACUUCAGUUUUGUUAUCUCAAGGAAUUGAUCAUGGUGUGGACUAUUUCAUUCACAGAGAGGUGGCUGCAAAUGUCUUUACAGUGAGUAAGUAGCAACUAAUGCUCCAUCUCUACCAUACAAAAAGUCAUUGUUAUUACAGUAAUUAUCACCAAGAUGAUGAUAUUAUAAGUAAUAAUAAUAUGGACCAUCAUAUUACUGACUUGCAGUUUUUCAAAUCAUAUGUGUCAUAUCCUAUCUACAUAACCAAAGAUGGAAUAGGCCAAAAAUGGCAGCAGGUCAGAAGCAUGUAGUUAGUUUUAUGUCGGGCUUCACCUCAGGUCACUCAGUACAUCAUAGUGUUCAUGACAGCAGAAGUACAUCAAAAAACAUUUAGAUUGCUUUUGUAAUUUAUCAUCUAGUGUUAUUGUAACAUAUAACCCAAGUGAUUACAUGAUUAUAUCAGAUAAUUUUCAUUAAUUUAUUAGAUAUGAUGAUGUGUUUAUGUUAAUUUAUAAUCAUUUCCAAAAGGUACAAUUUCAAGAAACCAUUGAUGACUAGAGUUAUAUUAGUAGUUAGUUUGCCUAUACAAAGAAAAUGCUGAUGUUACCAAGUUGUAUCGACUGACGGAAAUAUAUCCCAGCAAUGGGAAAUGAGUUAAAACAAAUUGAAACAUCCAUCAAUGGCUUUUCAUUCUUGUGUGCAGGGCCAGAAUUAUUAGAUAUGUUUUGGAGAUCAGUAGUUUUAGAAGUUUGAGUAUCAAAUUUAUAUUAGAAGUAAAAAAUAGUGUUAUUGACAAGGUUAAAUAAGGUCCAUCUAUUAGAACAUACAUUUGAGGCAAUUAGAAAAAAAAUAUUACCAAAGUUUUUGAUAUAGCUAUUUUGUUCAGAUAAGAAGCUUAUAUCAAAUCCCGUACAUAAAGCCUAUAAUUGUGUGAACAAAUUUUUUGGCAAUGAGUUUGGCUUACUAUUUUAUAUGUAUGAUAAGAAGUUAUUGUUGUGAUAGUAAAAUAAAAUAUGUUUUUUUCCAAACUGAUUAAA